AUGACGGAGCGUUCUUUGGAGCGCCAGAAGACUGAUGUGCGCUACUUUGGCUUCGCCCCGUCUGAUUCUUUCAAGGAUACAUUGGCCGCUGUGAGAGACAUGAUCUACAAGUCUUGGGACGUGAGCAAAGAGAGCCCACCAAAGCAGCGUCCAGGUUCUGAUGCUGCAGAGCAGGCGGCCCCAGAUCUGCAGAUUCUUGCUUGGAAUGGACGCCCCGUAUUUCCUGAGUGCGUCGCUUCAAGAUUUGAGGAGGGCACCUUGGAGUUUGAUGAGGUUGCAAAGCUGAAGAAAGAAUUCCUGGAGAUGUUUCCUCAUGCAACUACCCAGCCAGCUGCGCCGAAUCCCGUCCCAGCCAGGGUUGGAGGUGUGUGCGAUUUCACUUUGGACAACGGUGCUGAGCCGCUGGAUGUCAACCGCGAAAUCGAGGUGGAAAGGAUUGCAGAUGACCAGUUCUCGGAACAGAGGCUGCUUGUAAUGUUGAUUCGGGUGAGCGUCCUUGAGCAGGGACGCGUGUGUCCAGUGUUUUGUUGGUGUGGAAGGCGGGCCUCUACGCAGAUGACCAAGAAGAGGCCUGCGAUUGUGAUUGCCCAGGACUUCAGCAUUUGGAUCGGAAACACGUCCGAGCAAUCUGUGACGUUUGAGCCGGGAGAGCUCCUGGGGUUUGGCACUGGGGCCUUUGAAGAGAAGAAGGAGACCAUCCCAUGGAGAUUGACCUCCGACCUCAACUAUGUGAGCAGCGACAGGACUUUGUACCCGAUGUGCCAGUUCAUGCGGAAGCUUGCGACUGAGCAGGGCAUCGGUCAGCUGGCGAUCGAGGAUCACUCUUUGAGCCAGCGAUUUCACGCUGUCACCAAGCGAGAUUGGCGUCCUUUUUCUGUCGCAGAUGGAGCAGCAGACCCUGUCCCGGUUAGCUUUCGCUACCAGAUUGCGCCGUUGCCAUCCAAGUCAACUCAUGUGUACAAGCCAAAUGGGAUGGGCGAGCGGGCUGAGAACGUUGCUGCAAACAUGGUUGGCGCGGCUUUCGGUGGCAACUACAACAAG